CACUUCACGCAUAACUCUGUUCGCGGCUGUUCUUACUUCUACUCUUACGGCGCGUGCUGUGAGUUCUUACAGCAAAAUAACUUAUUAUCCAUAAUCCGCGCGCACGAGGCACAGGACGCCGGCUACCGGAUGUACCGGAAGUCGGUGGUGACGGGCUUCCCGUCGCUGAUCACGAUCUUCUCGGCGCCCAAUUACCUGGACGUCUACAACAACAAGGCAGCCGUUCUCAAGUACGAGAACAACGUGAUGAAUAUCCGACAAUUCAAUUGCUCGCCGCACCCCUAUUGGCUGCCCAACUUCAUGGACGUGUUCACGUGGUCUCUGCCUUUCGUGGGGGAAAAGGUGACCGAAAUGUUAGUCAAUUUGCUGAACAUCUGUUCGGACGACGAGCUCAUCACCGAAGGGGAGGAGAGUUUUGAGAGUGAGUUGGAGGCGUCGGCCAGAAAGGAAGUGAUCCGCAACAAGAUCCGCGCGAUCGGCAAAAUGGCCAGGGUCUUCUCAGUGCUCAGGGAGGAGUCCGAAAGUGUUCUUCAGCUUAAAGGCCUCACACCCACCGGAACGCUGCCAUUGGGUGCCCUCUCGGGCGGAAAACACACUCUCAGAAACGCGUUGGCCGGCUUCUCGCCGCACCACAAGAUCGCCAGUUUUGAAGAGGCGAAAGGUUUGGACAAAAUGAACGAACGAAUGCCGCCCCGAAAGGACGCACCGCCACCCCCGCCAACAGACAAGUCUAUCGAUAGCUAAUUGAAACCAAUUUUCAAACGCAUAUUAAUUACAAAUUAUUUGAGACAAAACCCGACAAAUUAAUAUUGAAGUAAAACUCUCGACAUUACUAUUCAUUUCUCCCACAAAACGACUUCAAAAUUCGAUGUAAAAGACGAUUCAUUUGAUCCAAAACUCCCGUAAAUAUGACUAAUAAUUAUCAAUUGAUUUGUUUAUAAAUCGCAUCCAAUGUUUCGUAUGAUAUGAAGACAUCUUAUUUCCUUACGAUAAGACAUUUUGUAUAAUAUUUAUCCGUUUUAUUGGUUUUUUAACGAAUGGUUUCUUUAUUAUUAUUAUUCACUCAUCUCUUCAUUUUGCGCCAAAAUUGUUGUAA